CAGAAGGAAACCAAUUCCCUCGUUUCUUUUUAUUUCUUUUCUCCCUCUUUCCAAAGAGAUAGCGAACAGAAAGAGAGAGAGACAGCGGAUAAUAACACACCCUGUAAUACCCUACUGUCAAUCGCAGAAGCUUUUCUUAACUUUAAUGGUGCAUUCCAAACUUUAUUUGCUCUCGUAUUGUUCAGUUUUUGGUUGCAGGUGAAGCUUCGUUCUUCUUUGAUCCGUUCCUUUAAAAGCCCUAUCGAUAGCUGGUUUUUUCUUGUUUCUAUCGAUCUGGACUCUCAUUCCAGUAUGAGCAUCGACACCCCUAAAAGGGGGGUUAACUAGAUCAAGCCAGUUUUGAGUUUCCAUGGGCGAUGGAGGAGUUGCUCUUGUGGCGUCACAGUAUGUCAUGGAACGCUUUCCUACAUGCCAUGGUUUGCACUCGUAUGAUAAGAGCCCUAAAUGCCACCUCCAGAGAAAACCAGAGAGGGAGAUGGAAGUAGAGCAAGGGGAAUUAGGGUUUGAGAAUUCACACAAUUCUGAGCGCUCCCCUGGAAUAAGAUCGCAAGAAGACACAAAGGGGGGCAGGGCUCAUUUUGCAGAGGAGGUGAGCAGAGAAGAAUCACCAAGACCUGUUGAAUUUCCAAAAUUGAGGAUUAGUAGUGUUAUAGAGAAUCCAAGUAAUGGAGAAUACCAGAGGAACAGCGAGUUAUCAAGAACUGGAACCAAAGGUAGUGAUGAUUUUGCAGAAGAAGCAGGUGAGUGCGAUUACUCGAGAAGCAGAGGUAGCUCGAGUGAGCGUCAUAAGAGGAACUCGAGGUGGGACACUUCAAGAUGGGAGCCUUCAAGGUGGGAACCUUUGCAAGAAAGGGUUUCGAAUUCAAAGGGAAAUUUGGGAAAUUGGGGCAAGAGGGAACCUCAAAGUUGUGCUCGGAGGUCCAGAGAUGACUAUGGUGACUAUUCUGUAGAUGAGUCUCGACAGAGAUCAAAGAGCAGAAGGCGUUCGGAUGAAUAUUACCAUUCAGAGAAGUCCCUCUCUCACUCUAGAAACUCCAAUUCAAAUUCGCGGCAAUAUCGGGAUUCUUCCUAUUCUUCUUCGAGGGAUUUGUCUAACAGGUAUUCAAGGCGUUAUGAUUCUUCUUCUUCAUCUAGGUUCUCUUAUGAUAAGCACAACCGAAGCCCUAGCUAUUUAGACAGGCAUAGUAACCGAAGCCCGAGCUAUUCAGAUAGGUCGCCUCGUGAUCGUGGGCGACAUCAUGACUACAGAGAUGGGAAUAGAAAAAGUGGGACUGACAAGAGAGAUGGUCAUUAUAGCAGAGAUAGCAGAGAAGAAGAGAGAUUCUCAAGAAAGGAAUCAAAUGGUAGGGAUUCUCGAAGGUACUCUUCUUCCUCUAGGCAUUUGUAUGGUAGUCGCAGUGAUAAAGCCAUUGAUGAUCAGCACCCAAGUAGCCAUAGUGAUAGAGUUGCUGAGGACCAUUUGGUUAGCAAAAGCGGCGAAAAGAAGGUAGAAGAUCAAAUGGAAAAUUCGAAUUUAGAUUCAGAGGUGAGGCCUAAUGCAGAGCCUCCUAAAGUUGAUGGGUUUGUUGAGGAGUUGCAGUCUAUGGAAGAGGAUAUGGAUUUGUGCAGUUCGCCUGAAUAUGCUGUUAAUGUGCGGAACCAAUCAGGAACUAUUGGUUUGGUGGACCAAGGGAAGCCAUUUAUUCGAGGUUGGUACUACCUUGAUCAUGUGGGUAUUGAACAGGGACCUUCAAAACUGUGUGAGCUGAAACAGCUUGUCGAAGAUGGGUUUCUUUCAUCUGAUCAUUUGAUAAAGCAUUCUGAUAGUGAUAGAUGGGUAACUGUUGAGAAUGCUGCGUCUCCGUUGGUGGUUGUAAAUUCACAUUCUGUUGUUCCUGAGACUGUGACACAGUUGGUGAACCCUCCUGAGGCUCCAGGUAAUGCGAUGAUUGAGGUGGGGGAUUUCUUGAAGUCAGUUAAUAGAGUUAGCCAGGAAUUAGGUGCCUCUUCAGCUGCAUUGGAAUCUCCUUCUCAAUUGGAAGAUCUUCGUAUUGAUGAGAGGGUGGAUGCUUUAUUGAAUGGCUUAGCUGUUGUUCCGGGAAAGGAACUUGAAAGUAUUGCAGAGGCUUUGCAAACUACUUUUGAGUAUGCGGAUUGGGAGAAACGGAAUCCAUCUGAAGGUUUUAUGAGGUUCCGUGACAGUUAUAUGGAAACAUCGAGGCACUAUAGGGAUGAGGAAAACAAUAGGGCUUAUGAAAGCUUGCAUAAGGAAAGCCCUUUGCUGAGGUUUGGAUACCGAUCAGGUGUGCUUGGGGAAAAGGAAUUUGCACUUCCAAAAAUUGACUCCAGCCAAUGGUUUACCGGAAGGUGGUCUUGCAAAGGUGGUGACUGGAGGAGGUGCGACGAAAUGGCCCAUGAUCGAAAUUUAAAGAGGAAAAUAGUGCUUAAUGAGGGUUUCCCACUCUGUCAAAUGCCAAAAUCUGGGUACCAAGAUCCUCGUUAUCAUAGGCAUGACGAUCUAUACCAUCCUAUGAAUUACAAAAAACUUGAGCUUCCUCCCUGGGCUUAUUGCUGGUUGGAAGAAAAAUUUGAUCAUCCCCAACCAAUGGAUGCUGCCUCGGAUAGUCAUGUUGCUGCUACCAUGGGACAUGGUUCAAUUGUGUCUAUUCAGGCUCAAUCAGUUAAGACAAGCAAUGGUGAUUUAAACAAGCAAAUGGUUUUUAACCGAGUAACCCAGUACAAAGCUGUGGUAGCAAAAGGUGCUAGAGGAUUAACACAAUCGGUUGUGAGGAAUAACACCCUUGUAGUAAAGAUCCAUGGUUCUUUUGUUUCAGAGUUGCAUGCACGAGCUCAUAAUAAUGAAUUUCACUCCUUGAAACCUGAAAUGGAGCAGCCUUCUUCUGUAUUGGAUGGUAAGAGCAUGCUUUGUGGUGAUGCUUCCCGACCUAAGGAUUGGCAACAUGACCUGAAAGGCUCGCAUGGCCCCACUUCUAGUGAUAAUGCUCCACCAGCUCAUGUUCUUACCAAAGAUGAAUUGAAGCUGCAUUUAGGGGAGUGGCAUUACCUGGAUGGUGCGGGUCAUGAAAGCCAUCCAGUGUCUUUCAAAAUGCUGCAAGAUUUGGUUGCAAAUGGCACUAUUCAGAGAUUUAGCAGUGUUUACAGGAAAAGAGAUAAUAUAUGGGUUCCUAUAACUGGUCCUGCUCCUCCUGAUCCCUCUAUUGAAGUAUCUGGGGCUCCUAUGUCUGUGUUAGAAGCUCGGAAACCAAGCUUGGAUAAUGAUGCUUGUGAUAGUGGUGAUUUACGACGAGAACAGGUGGUUACAGAGAAGAAAUCACCACUCAGUUACUUUCAUGCAUUGCAUCCACAAUUUAUUGGAUAUACUCGUGGCAAGCUUCAUGAACUUGUAAUGAAAUCUUAUAAGAACAGAGAGUUUGCGGCAGCUGUAAAUGAAGUUUUGGAUCCAUGGAUGAAUGCAAGGCAGCCAAAGAAGGCUCCUGAAAAAUUAAUGUCAUGCAAUUCCUCUACAUGGGUUUCUUUGAGCAUGAAAAGUGCUAUUGCCUCUUCUCUAAACUCAGGCUAUGUUGAUCCACAAUCAGAGUAUGGGACUCCCACAAACAAAAUGGAAAGUGAUUUAGCUAGGACCUCUAAAGACUUCAAUCGAUUUGGGAAAAGAUCUCGGUUGUUAAUUGAUGAGAGUGAGGAAGAGGAUGAUACUGCAAUGGAUUUGGGAAAGUUGCAGAGUGCCAAUUAUUCAUUUGAUGAUUUAUGUGGUGAAACUGCUUUUCCCCAAGAAACCUGUGCCAACAUCGCAACUGGGUCGGAUGGUUGGGGUCUGCUGAAUGGUCACAUUUUAGCGAGGAUAUUCCAUUUCUUACGAGCCGAUUUUAAGUCACUCGCAGUUUCUGCUGUCACUUGCAAGCAGUGGAAUAUGGCAGUUAAGUUUUACAAGGAUUUAUGCGUUCAGGUUGACUUGUCAUCCAUGGGUCUCAAUUGCACUGAUUCCAUAUUCCAAUACAUAAUGAGUGGUUACAACAAAGAAAAUAUUACAUCUGUCAUUCUGAUGGGCUGUAUUAAAAUUACUGCCCGAACACUCGAAGAAGUUCUGCAAUCCUUUCCUUCUAUAGAGUUCAUAGAUAACAGAGGGUGUGAUCAGUUCAGAGAGUUGACCACCACUUACCUGAAAGUGAAGUGGAAGAAGAGCCGUGGUUUACAUUAUGGAAGUGAAACAAAGAUUUCUGAUGAUUCACAUCACAAAAUAAGGAGCCUUAAACAAAUAAAUGAGAAAAGCCACAACUAUCUCGGAGAUACACUUCGUCACAGUCAAUACAAGCGCAUGAAGCUGAUUGGAACUAGAAAAGCUUCACUUUUGGAUGAGCUUCGCAUGAAGGGAUUGUAUUCUAGGAAGUCGCCUUCUUUGCCUGGUGGAAGAUAUAAAAAAAUGGAGCAUUAUCUUUCUCUUCGUUUGAAGGAAAUCAUGAAUGAGAACACUUUUGCAUUUUUCAUACCGAAGGUUGCAGAAAUCGAGGAUAGGAUGCAGAGUGGUUAUUAUGUUGGCCGUGGCUUGAAACUUCUCAAAGAUGAUAUCGGUCGAAUGUGUCGAGAUGCCAUGAAAGCAAACAAUCGAAGCGAUGAUGGUGAAGAUAUGACUCACAUUAUCAAGUUAUUUAUGAAGUUGGUCACAUAUCUGGAGGACAACUCUAAGUCAUUUUAUGGUGGUUCACGGACAGGAUUUUUCCCUGCUGCCUCCAACCAUAAGAAGAAACACAAGAAGACCAUGAAGAUUGGAAAAUUGAGUAAGAGAAACAUCGCUUCUUAUGAUAAUGGCUUCUUCGACUCUGGAGAAUAUGCAUCUGACCGGGAUAGCAGGAGGCGGUUGUCUAAGUUAAAUAGAAGAUCUUUUGAUUCUGAUACUGAAACAUCAGAUGAAGCAGAGCUCUCUGAGGAAGUCUCAGGGGAUGAGGAGGGUACUUCUUCUGACUCUGAUGUUGAUACGGGUGUGCAUUCUGAUAAUGAAGAUAGAGAAUUGAGUGGUGACAGGUAUCAGAUGGUGGAUGAGGUCUUGGAAUCGGUAACUGAAGAUCGUGAAUGGGGUGCUCGAAUGACAAAAGCUAGCCUGGUUCCUCCUAUCACACGCAAGUAUGAAGUCAUUGAUGAAUAUGUUGUAAUUGCGGAUGAAGAGUAUGUUCAGAGGAAGAUGCGUGUUGCCUUACCUGAGGAUUAUGAGGAAAAGCUUAAUCAACAGAAAAGUGGGGAAGAGGACAUGGAAAUUCCUGAGGUCAAGGAUUAUAAACCGAGGAAGAAGCUUGGAGAUGAGGUCCUGGAGCAGGAAGUAUAUGGUAUUGAUCCUUAUACUCAUAAUCUUCUUUUGGACACUAUGCCUGAAGAGCUGGACUGGCCCCUUCUGGAGAGGCACUCAUUCAUUGAGGAGGUUAUUCUGUGUGUUUUGAAUAAGCAAGUGAGACACUUCACUGGUACGGGAUGCACUCCUAUGGAAUUUCCUCUGCCGCCAGUGGUUGACGAAAUUCUCAAGAAUGCUGAAAAGGAUGGUGAUACACGCAUCAUGAAGAUGGCUGAAGAACUGUUGAAGGCCAUGAAAAAUCGCCCAGAUGACAAUUAUGUGGCAUAUAGGAAGGGCCUUGGAGUUGUGUGCAAUAAGGAGGAAGGUUUUGGGGAAGAUGAUUUUGUUGUGGAAUUCUUGGGGGAGGUUUACCCAGCAUGGAAAUGGUUUGAAAAGCAAGAUGGGAUUCGAUCCCUGCAAAAGAACAAUGAGGAUCCAGCUCCCGAGUUUUAUAACAUAUAUCUGGAAAGGCCAAAGGGUGAUCGAGAUGGUUAUGAUUUGGUUGUAGUUGACGCGAUGCACAAGGCAAAUUAUGCGAGUAGAAUAUGCCAUUCUUGCCGGCCUAAUUGUGAAGCAAAAGUUACUGCAGUAGAUGGCCAAUAUCAGAUUGGAAUUUACACUGUGCGGCCUAUAGGAUAUGGUGAAGAGAUCACAUUUGACUAUAACUCUGUGACUGAGAGCAAGGAGGAAUAUGAGGCUUCUGUUUGCUUAUGUGGAAGUCAAGUUUGCAGAGGAAGUUACUUGAAUCUGACCGGUGAAGGAGCUUAUCAGAAGGUAUUGAAGGAGUGUCAUGGACUGCUGAAUCGGCAUCAAUUGAUGCUUGAGGCUUGUGAAAUGAAUUUUGUUUCGCAAGAGGACUAUGAUGACUUGGGAAAGGCUGGUCUUGGCAGCUGUUUGCUUUCUGGAUUGCCUGACUGGCUCAUUGCUUAUUCAGCUCGCCUGGUGAGGUUUAUAAAUUAUGAAAGAACUAUGCUCCCGGAGGAGAUUUUGAACUAUAAUUUGGAAGAGAAGAGGAAAUUCUUUUCAGAUAUUUGUCUUGAGGUUGAAAAGAGUGAUGCUGAGGUUCAGGCAGAGGGUGUGUAUAACCAACGGCUUCAAAAUCUGGCAGUCACACUUGACAAGGUUAGGUAUGUUAUAAGGUGCAUAUUUGAGGACCCAAAAAGAGCACCGCCGCCACUGGAGAGACUAAGUCCUCAAGCAUUAGUUUGUUUCCUCUGGAAAGGGGAAGGCUCACUGGUUGAGGAACUAUUGCAGUGCGUGGCCCCUCAUGUGGACUCAGACUUGCUAAAUAGCCUGAAGUCCAAAAUUCAUGCACGUGACCCAAGUGGAUCUGAUGACGUGGGUAGAGAGCUGAGAAAGUCUCUGUUGUGGUUACGAGACGAGAUUCGGAGCCUACCAUCUUCGUGUAAGUUUCGACAUGAUGCUGCUGCAGACUUAAUACACAUGUAUGCAUAUACAAGAUGCUUUUUCACAGUCAGGGAUUACAGAACUGUCACAUCGGCCCCAGUGUAUAUAAGCCCACUUGACUUGGGUCCCAAGUAUGUGGGUAAAUUAGGCUCAGGAUUUGAGGAGUAUCGGAAGACAUAUGGUGAAGGUUAUUGCCUAGGGCAGCUGAUUUAUUGGCAUGUUCAGACUAACGCAGAUCCUGAUUCGACCUUAGCAAAGGCGAGGAGGGGUUGCUUGGCUCUUCCCGACAUUUCUUCUUUCUAUGCAAAGCCUCAGAAACCACCUCCCAAAUUUUCUUAUGGCCCCAAAACUGUUAGAUUAAUGAUGGCUAGGAUGGAAAAACAACCCCAAAAACCUUGGCGUAAGGACCAGAUAUGGAAGUUCAAAAGUACUCCGCGAGUAUUUGGUAGUCCAAUGCUAGAUGCGAUUAUGAACAGAUCAGCAUUGGACAAAGAAAUGAUGCAAUGGCUCAAGACUAGGCCGAUUGCUUGCCAUGCUCCAUGGGACCAAUGACAGGGAGUUAACGCAUUUGUUUUGGAAUGAUUAUUUCAUUCUUUCUUUCCUUUUUAGCUUUUGAUUCCCUUUACUUAUUGCGGAGAUGGUAAUCAUUCCAAAACAUAACUGUGUUACUCUUCCAUUCCUGUGUACAGGUUUUGUACCUUGUAUUCAUUAUGUAGCAUUGGUUUAUAAUAGUUGCAAGAAUUAUUUUCUCUCUUGUCCGACUUUGGCUUCUUUCAAGCCCUUUCAAGACCUUUUUUACAAUGCUUAUAUAUUCAUGUCAGAAAGAAUUGAACAUAUACAUGCCAGUACUUGAUUCCUUUUAUCACAUGUACAAACUCAAAUGACAUGUCAUUGCUUGUUUUUUUAUCUGAACUUAGUUUCGUGUUACCAUUUUUCCAGUUAAUGAACCUGAUGCAUAAGAUCUUAUAAUAGAAGCCAGGUAGAGGAAUACCAAACCGUUUUGUUGAUCAUUAAUGUUGGGAAAUCUUGCUUUCCAACAUUAGACGUUUCAGUUGUACUAUGCCUUUGGUAGGCCAUAAACCCAGAGAACACACCAUAAAGUUCUGACCUUGAAAUCUCUACCUUGAGCAUCCGAUCCUGACAUUGUAAACCAAUGAUUGCCGACUCCAAACCUUGACAACUCAUAAUCCCUAACCUUGAACUGCAAAUGACGACCAUUCAUCUGGUCUACAGGCCCUGAAGCAGGUGCCUAAAAUCCUGGGAUAUUAAUUUUUUUCAAGUUAUCCCAUGUUAAGUUUUUUCAAGCAGGUGUCCAUGUUAUCAUGUUAUCCCAUUCAGAUUGUGCUCCAGUUCUCUUUCAUUCUUGUAUCCUGGCUCUUUGGAAUUUUAUUGCUUGGUAAUAUUGAAUUCUGUCAAAACGUUAUAUGUGUAUUAAUGAUGCUUGAUACUGAACUUUGUGAAAUUCUUGCAACACAUUUGAAUAUCUCCGUGUAUAAGGCCCAGCCAUUAAUAUCAGUCAGGACUCAGCUACAAGCAUUUUUUGAGAUCAGUGACACUCGUUUUAACUCUGACUUCUGACUACUUCAGAUUUAGAUCCAUUUGCGAUAAUCGUCCUCAUGUCAUAACAAAGAAGUGCCCUUGCUAAACUGUUUCUAUGCGUAAUGUGGGAUGGAAGGAAAUUGUUUUCCACUUAUGAACUUUUGAUGUUCCAAACUUCAAAUGCAAAUACCAAUGCUUAUCUUUGAUCUGAUGGUUCUGGUUCUUGCGAACAAUGUUCAUUGCAUCUGCUGCUGGUUGUCGGGUUUUCUUAUUAGCUUGGCUGCUCAGAGGGUUGUGAUGCUGGAAAAUUUGUAGUUGCUUCUUAGAGAUUAUUCUUAACUUUGCUGCUCAGAGGGUUGUAGUGGUUGAAAAUUUGCAGUGGCUUCGUAGAGAUUAUUCUGCAUCUACUUCUCCUUCCUAUUUUCAGGUGCACACCUUCUUCAAGGUGGUUAAUUACCUUGUUUUUUGGGAGUAACAUUUGUUGGAAUUUCUAAUUACUUCGUUUUUUGGUAGUAACAUUUGUUGGAAUUUCUUCUGGGCCAUGCCCCCUUUCUUCUGAGGUGUUUGACUAUCCGCUUUUGAUUGCAAGUGAAUGGUUGGUGAGUUUAGGUUGGAGUUUCCUGAUUCGACUAACUUGAUGGCAAAACGCUUUUUUUCUUUCUUUUUUUUAUUUUUUCCUUUUUCCUUUCCUUGAUUUGGCAAGCAUAAUUAAAGCCGAAACUAACUUGGGAUUUAUAUAUUGUUUCCCCUGUUUGCUUUUGAGGUUUUUCAAAACAAAACCAAAGGGAUAUAUGACUGCGGACAGGUCGAAGGGAAAGUGGAAAUCCUGGAUUGUGCGGAAACCGCAAUCCUCGAUCCACACCUAAGUAUAAAUGGUGUGGUUACGCGUGUGGAUUAAACCAAUAAGAAACUACCGCAGGGUGGGUAUGUUUUGUAUUAUAAAGUAACUUACCUAUGGGUAAAUAAAUAAAAUAAAUGGAAUUGUGAGAUACAUAUAAGAACGUGGACGUGACAAAAGUGGCCUAACUUUUUCUUUUUCUCCCCUUCUUUCUUGCGAGAGAAGGAAUCAAAGCGCGUAUGGGUGUGGUCCCUGUGCAACCUAAUCUUGUGGUCAGAGAGAGAGAGAAAUCAUCCUGGGAGAGCGAGAGAGUCCAUCUCCCCUGUGAACCUGAAGAGGCAGUUGCAGAGAGAGAGAGAGAGGAAGAGAGAUUGUUGCCCCUGUAAAACCUGCUUUUGGGAGAGAGAGAGAGGAGGGAGAGAGAUUGUUGCCCAUCUAAAACCUGGGACAGCACCGAUCUGAGAGAGACGCUUUCAAGGCCUGUGGAUCUGCUAGAGAUGCUUGGAAAACCUACUUUAUAGAGGGACUAUUUCCCAUGAAAAACUACUUUUGAAAGCGGCAGCUGCGGAGCAAGGGGCAGAGAUUGGAGUUUUGGAGGGGCCAGCUGUAGAUCUGACCAGAGUGAGAUGAUCUCCCUAUGAAUCUAUGGCAACUGUAGAUCAGAGAGAGAGAGAUCGGUGGUCUGAGAUCUUAAGAGAGAGAGAGAGAGAGAGAGAGAGAGAGAGAGAGAGAUCCGUGGUCUGAGAUCUUCAGAGAGAGAUCCAUGAUCCGAGAUCUUAAUGAGAGUUAAGGAUCAUCCUGCAAAGUCUGUUCUGAACCAGUGGCUGAUGAGAGAGAGAGAGAAAGAGGACUUGAGAUGCUGUGUAUAUUAACCCAAAUUUUUUUUUUUUAUCUUUAAAACCCCUGGAGGACAGGAGUUACACGCAGCGGCCCAGGUUGGGUUUCACUUUCUCCCUUCGUAUGCUUCUCCUGAAAUGAAUCACGCUUUCUUUACUGAGAUUUGUAGAACAUUAUACACUAUGAUUCUUAUGAAUCGGCUUCUCAGCAAAAAAAACAAGAAAAAAAAAGAAAAAAAAAGAAAAAAAAAGAAAAAAAAAGAAAAAAAAAGAAAAAGAAAAAAAGAUAAGGAAGUUAGUAAAAUCAAUUUAUAUAACAAAACAACAAACGCUUUUGGGGAUUUAGGGUUUCACUUUGUGAAUACCUUGUGGCGUUCCUUGGGAAAUAGGGGAUUUAGGGUUUCACUUUGUGAAUAGCUUGUGUCGUUCUUUGGGAACUAGGAUUUCGUUUGGUCAUUUUACUGAUUCCAAAAUGCGUGCUAUGUCAAUUUUGGUAAAUAUUGUGUGAUAUAUCAAUUUUUUUUCCCUUACCAUUCAAGUAACUUCUACUUACCAAGCUUUUCUUAGAACUGUUUUUUAUACAUUUUAUUUCUUUCUAUUCGCUUGUGCCUUAAAUGGUUAGGGCACAAAGUAUUGAUCUGAAUCGGUGAUUUCCACUAUGGAUUUUCUGCCCUAUAAUGUUAGGGCACGAGGACUUAUCCGAAUCGGCAAUUCCUAAUAUGGAUUCGUAUGCAAACAUAUAAGGUGAUUUUGGUCUUCACUAGACACGGAAUACCCCCACUUCUACUUCCUGGUUCAGGUUGGAGGUCGGUCCCGAUUUUUAGAAAGCUGCUUGUAACUAUCCUCCAAUUUUUAUGUUAUUUAUUUUUGUAUCUUGUUAAGUGUCUUAUCUCUCUUUUUUAAUGGUUGGGUCUGUCACUUAAUUGCUGUGUCUGCCUACUUUUUUGUUUUUCCUGGCCUGAUUUUUCCGCUGAAAACAUGCCUUUUUUUAUUUUGAUUUUUUAUUUUUUUUAAACAUUUUUCUGUUUGUGCUUUUUAUUAGUUUUCCCCUUAAAGAGGGCUUUAAUUUGAUUAUUAUUAUUUUUGUGUUAUUUCAGGGAAUGAUGCAUUUUCUCGGAUGCUUCUUCUGUAGAGGUACUUAACAGGUGUCUUUCAUGUCUGCGCACAAUGGGAGAAAAUGAACUUGUAAUAUAAAGGUUAUUUCAUUAACGAUCAAAUGGGGGAGAGGCCUCUUUGGAAUCUGGUAAAUUCAGGAAAGGAGUUGGGAGGGGGUUAUUAUGUCCUUUAUUCACCCAAUUGGGACUGGAAAAAUACUGUCAAAAGGUCGAUUGUUUUUAUUUUUUUUAUUAAAGUCUCAAAAUUUUGAUUCCUUUUGAA